UUCUAACUUCAAAACCUAAAGCCCACUAAACAGCACUCCCUCUUCGUCUUCAUUUUCCCUCCCACGGCGUUUUCCACCGCCACACUUCCACCAUCAUCGAAUCACCAUUACCAUGCCAUUCUCAUCAGUCCCAGCUCGUCUCACACUCCUCGCUCUCUUCUCCGCCACAACCUUCUACUUCUUCUACAAAUCCCGCCGCUUACGAAACCUAAAACAACUAACCCUAAACUCCCAAAACCCUAACACUAACCCUAAAAUUCUCUUCAUUUCUCAAACCAACACUUCCAAAACCCUCGCUAACCAUCUCCACCGUUUCCUCACCUCAAACAACCUCGCAUUCGACAUCAUCGAUGGCAGAAACUACGAACCCGAAGAUCUCCCUAAGGAAACGCUUCUCCUUAUCGUUGCUUCCACUUGGGAAGACGGUAAACCACCGCCGGAGUAUAAAUUCUUCGCUGAUUGGCUUGCGGAGAGUUCGGAGGAUUUUAGAGUUGGUUCGUUGAUUUUGUCGAAGUGUAGAUUCGCGGUUUUUGGUGUCGGUAGUGGAGGUUAUGGUGAUAAUUUCAAUGCUGUUGGUAAGGAGAUUGUGAAACGGAUGAAGGCUUUGGGUGGUAAUGAGAUGAUUCCGUUGGGGGAAGGAGAUGUUAAUGGUGGUGAGGUGGAUGAGGUUUUUGAGAAGUGGUGUGGGAAGGUUGUUGGAAUGCUGAAAGGUGUUGACGAUGGUGGUGGUGAUUUGGAGAAUGGGGAGGAGGAAAGUGGUGCUUUGAGUUCCGAUGAAGAGGAGUCUGACGAGGAGGAAGAGGCGGAGUCGGAGAUUGUUGAUCUAGAAGAUAUUGCAGGUAAAGCUCCUUCAAGGAAGUUGGUGGCUACAGUGAAGGAGAGUAAUGGGAGGUUGAAUGGAAAGAAAGAAAUGGUGACUCCUGUUAUUAGAGCAAAUUUGGUGAAGCAGGGUUAUAAGAUUAUUGGUUCACACAGUGGUGUCAAGAUUUGUAGAUGGACUAAGUCACAGCUUCGAGGUCGAGGUGGUUGCUACAAGCAUUCAUUUUACGGAAUUGAGAGUCAUAGGUGCAUGGAGGCAACCCCUAGCUUGGCAUGUGCAAAUAAAUGUGUUUUCUGCUGGAGGCAUCACACAAAUCCAGUAGCGAAAAGUUGGGUGUGGGAGAUGGACGAUCCAAUAGAGAUCGUAAAUUCUGCAAUAGAUCAGCAUACAAAUAUGAUUAAACAAAUGAAAGGAGUUCCUGGAGUCACCUCGGAGCGAUUAACUGAAGGCAUGACACCACGGCAUUGUGCAUUAUCUCUUGUUGGUGAACCUAUUAUGUAUCCAGAGAUAAACACACUUGUGGAUGAGUUGCACAAAAGGAGGAUUUCCACUUUUCUAGUUACAAAUGCACAAUUUCCUGAUAAAAUUAAGUUGCUGAAGCCUAUCACCCAGUUAUAUGUCAGUGUAGAUGCCGGAACAAAGGACUCUCUUAAGGCAAUCGAUAGACCACUCUUUGGAGAUUUCUGGGAAAGAUUUAUUGAUUCCUUGACUGCUCUGAAGGAAAAACACCAGCGCACUGUAUACCGCCUGACCCUGGUGAAAGGAUGGAAUGCUGAAGAAAUUGAUGCUUAUUAUAAACUCUUCAGUAUUGGAGAACCCGACUUCAUUGAAAUCAAGGGUGUUACAUAUUGUGGCUCGACUGCUACAUCAAAAUUAACAAUGGAAAAUGUCCCUUGGCAUGCCGACGUGAAAGCUUUCUCGGAGGCUCUGUCUCUGAAAAGCCAAGGGGAGUAUGAAGUUGCAUGUGAGCAUGUUCACUCGUGUUGUAUCCUCUUGGCAAAAACUAAGAAGUUCAAAAUUGAUGGCCAGUGGUAUACAUGGAUAGACUAUGAUAAAUUUCAUGAUCUGGUGGCUUCUGGAAGUACUUUUGACAGCAAAGAUUACAUGGCUGCCACACCAUCCUGGGCCGUCUAUGGAGCUGAGGAAGGUGGAUUUGAUCCAGGACAGUUGAGAUAUAGGAAAGAGAGACAUCACAAGUCGAACCGCAAAGAAUCAGGUUAGAAGUUAGGCUUUGGGUAGCCAACAUCCAUUUCCCCUUUCAUUUCUUUAUUGUGUAACUAUAGGUAUUAUUACAACAUAUUUCAAUAGGAUAGUUUUGUAAUACAAUGCUUUAGACAUAGGUUAAAGCAUUCCAGUGUAUUUAAGUCCCAAUGUUUUCCCAUUUCGAGGCAAUUGAGGAAAGAAUUUUGUAGUUAUUUUAAUUAAUUAUUGUAGUUGCAGAAUAUAGAGAUUAGUCUUGCAGCUAUUUGUUUUUGAAAUUGAGAUUUGAAGAAUAUCUUGAGUUUUCCUUGCAAUAAAUAGCAUUCCGUAGUA